GUGUUUGCUUCUCCUUUGUCCCCUUUUGAAGUCCUAUUCUCAUCUCCUCUCUUUCAUUUGAUUCUUGGGCAGCUUCAUUUCAGUUUCCCAAAUACAAUCUCAUGUCUGGUGUGUUUCCUUUGAUUCUCUACACAUAUUUUGAUCACAAACUGGCAGGGAGGCUUUGUUUUUCACUCUACUGCUGAAAUGUGCAGAGGAAUUCACAGCACUGGAUUACUCAUCCGUGCAAGAUGUUUUGUCCGAGGUCUCUGGCGAUGAGGAAGCGCAUGUGAAGACCUCCAUGGUGAUGGACCACGGUCGUCGGAAGUGCAUAACCGGAGAGACAGCGGUGAAAUUGGAGAGCACAGCAGUUGCUCCAGGGCAAAAUGAAAGCCUAGAGGCGACAUGGAAAGCGAUCCUGGAGGAACAUGGGAUUCCAGCCACACGGCACCUCAGGAAGAACGAGACAUGGGAUGUGCCACCUUGUGUUGAUAAUGGAAGCAGCAGCUUGGGCCCCAGGGAAAGGGAGAGGGAGAUGAGGAAGUCCAACACUCGUGUGGAAGCAAGGUCAUCAUUCAGGGAGACUCCAAUUCGAUACCUGAGGAAGGAUGAAUCGCUAAGCCAUGAUGAGUUGAACAAAAAAAUUGAAGAAUUCAUUCAAAAGUGUAGGAAUGAGAUGCGACUGGAGAGAGUUGAAUCAGAUCAACGCUUUAUGGAUAUUCUCAAUGGAGGAGUGUGAUUAUUUCUAGCUAGCAUACUGCAUAUACAUAUUAUGUAAAAAAGCUUACUAGAAAAAGAUAUGUGAGUGCUUGUUAUGCUAUAUAUUUGUACAACUUAUUUGAUAUAUUUUAUACAAUUCGCUAGAUUACACAUGUUCAUUACAAAUUC